GCCGCAAUCUCUCACCGACCGGAAUUUAUAUCAUGCAAAACCGUUCCGAUCAGGUCGCGAGGUCGUGUUCCAAUGCCGUGACGAGGGUCUUCUACGUGCGAGAGUACGUUGGAUUCGCGGCAACGGCCUUCCUCUGCCGCCCGGCAGCCGGGACAUCAAUGGUCGCCUGGAGAUACCCAACAUCCAGCUCGAGCACGGCGGAACCUACAUCUGCGAAGCCGUGGGUUAUCCACCGUCCACCCCGGGCCGGCAAUUGACCGUCAUUCUUAACGUCGAGAAAUUCGAGCAGCCGGCCACCAGACCGCCGCAAGUGUGCCAGUACGAUCAGGCUACCUGCAGCAACGGCGACUGUAUUCCCAAAUCGUACGUCUGCGAUGGCAAAUUCGACUGCACCGACGGAUCCGACGAGAUGCGGUGCAGUCCGCACGGAUGCGAGCCCAACCAGUUCCGCUGCAAUAAUAAGCAGUGCGUUAGCAAGUUGUGGCGUUGCGACGGCGACAAGGACUGCGCGGACAACAGCGACGAGGAGAACUGCGCGCCGUCUCCCCCGGGAUCUCCGUGCCGUUACAACGAGUUCGCCUGCAGCAGCAAUAAGCAGUGCAUCCCGAAGAGCUACCACUGCGACAUGGAGCGCGACUGCUUGGACGGCAGCGACGAGCUUGGAUGCU